CAUUAAUUACUAACUAUCGUAUGUCUAUUUAUGCUUUAAUUGUAACUUAGCCAACCUUAAUUACGAGGUUUUUAAUUUAAUUAGAAACAUCACUGUGUCUUGUAUGUACACAGAUGAUCUCUGAGUGUUAGAUCACAAUAUGUGAUCAUGUUGUCUUUAAAAAUACCCUAAUUUUUAGAAUACAAAGUCAAAAUUUGAUCGUGCGUGCACAGUCAAUGCUCGAUCGAUGUUAAUAAAAUAAACAAACGCGGUUGUUCUAAACUUAAAAAAUAACAUUAUGCAAACAACUUUUUUCAAUAUUGUGGAGGAGAGCCUCAAGUUAAGGGAAUUUACGCUAUGGAGAUGAAAACAUUACAACUUUCAAUAAUUUAUUUUUAACACUCAAGCUAACAGAACAUGUCUGAAAAGUUGUUUUACUCUACACAAAAAAGCGCGGACAGUGGCGUCGGAGAUGAAGAGCAGACCUGUAGAGAAAGCGCAGUUCUUUGCGACACUGAGUGUGACAGCAUCUACAGAUUGUCGGGUCUUCCGAUCGAGAGAAAAUCGACUCAAUACUGGAAUGGUUACCAUUUUGGUAAUGUUUUAUCGGGAAUGAGAACUUCCAGAUCGAAGUCAGUCAUAAUUCUGUUGUUGUUGCUUUUCGUCAGUGUCAUGGUUAUGACGUCGUUCGCUUAUUUCCACAUCAAAAACGACCUAGAUGCUACAAAACAGGACGUGUACGAACUGAAAGUUGAAAUGGUAAAUUUGAAACGAAAAUCAAACACUGGUCAGGUCGCCACAGAUUCAUCAAAAAACAGGAAUUUAAAAGCUCUUCUUAAUGUUAAGACGACAGAAAAUACUGGUAAAAAGGCAUCUUUUAUUGCUAUCAAUUUGAUUGGUCGAAACAACCAGCUCGAAGAAACUGUGGCAGGUCAUCCCAUUGCAGAUUGGGCGCAAACGUUAUUAGUUGGAAACAUAGCAAAAUUCCAUGAAUACAUCACAAUAAAAGUGACAGGUUAUUAUUAUGUGUACGCGCAGAUGUUUUUCUCUGGCAACGCCUCAUUUAGAAAAGACACGUUACACUUCUUCAUUCGCAAAAAUCGAAGAAAAAUAUUAGUCGUAGCAUCUGUUCCCCGCAAGGCCUGCAUGACCGUGUGCACUCGCUAUGUGUCACGUGUCGUGAAACUAGAGAAGGGAGAAGAUCUUGCAGUGUCAUCAUACGACAGUGGUAUAAAGUUUAAUAUGUCAAAAGAUAAAACACAAUUCGGCAUAUAUCUGUUAAAGGAAUUAGAAUAACAAAGCACUUUAUUAAGCACACUGAAAGAUCAAAGCAAGUCACUUUUCUACAUCGUAUGCAGGUGACGACUACGUACCGUAUUCACCAUUAAUUCCUUAUUUAAGGCAGUUAAUGUUACGCACGUUUCGUUAAGUGAAGUACCUGUGGAUGCAUACAGUUCAGGCGAGAAAACAGAACACCUGUUACUUCCAGCUCUGGUGCAUUUUUCAGGCGCUGCAACAACGUUUAAAGGGAAUCAGAUGCAGGAAUACGCUCAAACAAAGAAAGCCACCCACCUUGUUUGUAGUGGUCAGUUUUUUAAAAUUUCAAUCCUACAAAUAACAAAGCUAUGUUCAUAUUAAUACUACGGUAUUAAGGAGCAAAAUAAUCUUGCUAACUUUUUAAUGGCAAUUAAAUUAAUUAAAUAUUUUUUUAUGCGCAUAAGAAUAUUGUCAGAGAGAUACAUUUUUUAUUAACUGUCACGUUUGACAUUAGCCAAACUUAUAAAAUAGUUAUUUUAAACACAUUAGCAGUCCAUUUCGACUCGACUCAACCGUUAUAAAAGGUGCGUGUAGCAGAAUUAAGGCUGGAUGAAUAAGAACAGCUUAAAUAAUCAGCCUAAAGAGUUCAAGAAAAUUCAGAUUACAUUGUUUUUAAUCGAAGGAAUAUUCUUUAAAAUAUGCAUAACAAGUGCUGUUAGAAAAGCUUCUCUUUUAAAGUCAGACUAUCGUUGACUAUCUAUGCACUGUGAUAAUAUUCAACAAAUUCCGUGCAGUGCACCUGUAAUCAAAAAAGAACACUGUCCUUUAUGUGUGUCUCGCACUUAACAGGCAAUGUUCCUUUUAGAGUUCGAAGUUAGAACCAUGUUCAUUUGACAACUUUUAAGAUAAUACUUUUUUACAUUCUCUUAUAUUAAGUCACAUUACACAAAACUUUCAGGUAUUUACUUCAGUUCCUAUGGUAACUUUGUAUGCAUGAACAAAGCAUGUUUUCAUGUAUUUUUAAUGUUUGCUUUAUGUGCAAACAUGUGAUAAUAUACACGUAUUGUUUAUAUAUAAGAAACCGGUUUAUAAGAAACUAGAUGCUGAAGCAUUAAAAACUUUUUGUUAUUACAAUUCUUUAUAAUUUCUUUUUUCUUGUUCUUUUAACGUGAUCAUUGUGAUUUCGAUCGAUCGAAUCUUAAUUUAAAAUCGAAUCAAACAGCAAAUUUCAAAAAAGGGAAAAUUAAAACACAAAAGAAAAAUCAAAAACACAGAGAAGAACAUGUAACUGAUUCACUGUGUUUAAAUCAUGUUUUCACAUAAAAAGGCGGAAAGAUAACCUUAUUUACGUAGAUCAAAGUGUUUGGGCUACUGAAAAAAAAUUAAAAACCCAAUAAAUAACUUUAGAGCCUUUAACUAUUUUCUUAUAAAACAAACGCGUGUAAUAGUUUUAUUUUUAACAGUGUCGUAAAUGCUCGAUUAAGCGCCCUGGGUGCUUAUUUAAAAUUUAAAAUUUUAGGGUGGGUGCUUCGAGAGGGGCGGUAAACCGAUUUUUAUGACAUGGAAAAUUUUUCUUUUUGGAAAACUAACAGAAGAUAUAUAUGUAACGGGCAUAAAUAAAAUGUGUCUGAGCUUAAAAGUUUGCACCAAGGCAUGAGAAGUAAACAUAACAUCGAACUGUUUAAAAAGAUAGGCAAAAACAUUUUGACAUGAAACUUCAGAAAGAAGAAGGUUGUACUUGAGGAAAAGGUUUUUUAAAUUUUUAAAAUAUUUGAAUAGGCGCUCCCUCUCGUAUUAUAUUCAAAGAGGCGCUUAAAAAAAUUAUAAAAAAGGUUCGUAUUCACUCAAGAUGGGGCGCUUAAUCGAGCAUGGUAGUUAUUUUUGUAUAUGUGUGCGUCCUACUAUUGUAAAUAAACUUGUAAAUAUUCAAGCAAAAAAAAUUAGAAAGUAAACUUAAGGUGAAUGUCCCUUUGAUUUUUUUGAAACGUCGAUUUAGGUCGUCCAUUAUUGAUGAACUGACAUGAAUCAACAUUGUGCAUUGACUUAUGACGGCUUGUUAAUGAGUAUGAAAGUUGCAAUCUUUUAAAGAUUCUGCUUAAUUGCAAAAACUCCCUUUUGGUACUCUUUAAUAACGCCCGCUCAAUAUUAUCUGCUUAUUGUCCUGAUUUCUUCUGACAUUUUUAAUCAAAUUCCCUUACAUUUCCAUUAACUCUCUUAUAUCUAUCUUAUAUCACGCAUGCUACAAGCAAAUUUAAGGCGCUGUUAGAUGCUAUUACCCAUAUUUUAAAAAAUGACUU